AUGGGCCGAGCCGAGGGCGGGGGCCCGGGCCGGGGGCCACCGCCGCUGCUGCUGCUUCUGGGGGUUACGCUGGUGCUCGCUUCUGGGGCCGCGCCGGUGCCUGAGGCGGGCAGCGCCGUCGAGGCAGACACGCCUGUGAAGAGCGUCCCGGCGUGGGAGCCGCGUGCUAACUACACGCGGGAGAAGGCCGGCCCACCAGCAGCUGGGAAAGAUGAGACUUCUCGGACUGCGCCCGGCGGAGAGCAGGCCUUGGUGGGCCCUGGGGUCGGGGCUGAGGAGGCGCUGGAGGCGUCGGCGGCGGUGACAGGCACAGCCUGGCUGGAGGCCGAGAGCCCAGGCCUGGGCGGAGUGACCGCAGAGGCGGGCAGCGGCGACACCCAGGCCCUUCCAGCCACGCUCCCGACUCCCGACGAGGCCCUUGGGCCGUCCUCGACGUCCGCAGCCACCUUCGAGGCUCCGGAGGCCAGUGAACCACCCUCCCCCACCCCUGGCGACAAGCCGAGCCCAGGCCCCGAACUCCCCAAGGAGAGCCCCAUGGAGGUUUGGCUGAACCUGGGAGGCAGCACACCUGACCCUCACGGGCCGGAGCCCACGUACCCCUUUCAGGGCACACUGGAGCCCCACCCAGCAUCGGAUAUAAUUGACAUCGACUACUUCGAAGGAUUGGAUGGUGAGGGCCGUGGCGCCCACCUGGGGAGCUUCCCUGGGUCGCCAGGUACCUCAGAGCACCACCCUGAUCCCGGGGGAGAGACCCCUUCCUGGAGCCUGCUUGACUUAUACGAUGACUUCACUCCCUUUGAUGAGUCUGAUUUCUACCCUACUACAUCCUUCUAUGAUGACUUGGAUGAAGAGGAGGAAGAAGAGGUGGACAAGGAUGCAGUGGGAGGCGGAGACUUGGAAGAUGAAAAUGACCUUCUAGUGCCCACUGAGAAGCCUGGUCUGGGGCCCGGGACAGGCCAGCCCACCAGUCGGUGGCACGCUGUCCCUCCACAGCAUACUCUGGGCAUGGUCCCGGGCAGCAGCAUUGCCCUCAGGCCCCGCCCAGGAGAGCCAGGCAGGGACCUGGCCCCCAGCGAGAAUGGCACCGUGUGCCGCAGUGGCUUUGUGAGACAUAACGGCUCCUGCCGGUCAGUGUGCGACCUCUUCCCAAGUUACUGUCACAAUGGCGGCCAGUGCUACCUGGUGGAGAACAUUGGGGCCUUCUGCAGGUGCAACACACAGGACUACAUCUGGCACAAGGGGAUGCGCUGCGAAUCCAUCAUCACCGACUUCCAGGUGAUGUGCGUGGCCGUCGGCUCGGCCGCCCUCGUGCUGCUCCUGCUCUUCAUGAUGACGGUGUUCUUCGCCAAGAAGCUCUACCUGCUCAAGACCGAGAACACCAAGCUGCGCAGGACCAACAAAUUCCGGACCCCAUCUGAGCUCCACAAUGAUAACUUCUCCUUGUCCACCAUUGCCGAGGGCUCUCACCCAAACGAUGAUUCUAGCGCUCCCCACAAAAUCCAGGAAGCUCUCAAGUCCUGCCUGAAAGAGGAGGAGCCAUUUAACAUCCAGAACUCCAUGUCGCCCAAACUCGAGGGUGGCAAAGGUGACCCGGCCGACCUGGAAGUGAACUGUCUUCAGAACAACUUAACCUGA